AUGUAUAAUCCAACAAAAGAUGAUAUUUUUGCGUACGCCCUGUCCAAGACCCUGACGAAGGUUUCAUCGCCUGCAACCGUGGGACUCUACUCUUCAUGUCAGAAUCGAAUCAACAUGAUCCUCGGGCAAAUGGAAGUGUUCAUGGACGAGGAGGCGGUGAAGAUCGAGAAUGAACACAAAGGAAAACCUCGCUCGGCUAAACAGUCACUCACAAGCUUCUUUGGACUCAUUGGCCGAAUGCUCUUCUACAGGCCUGUUUGGACCAAGACCAACCAGCAGCUCCAAGACAUCCGGUUCGUUUAUGUAGAUUUCAGUGCCUGGCAUUUCGCAGGCAGUGACCUGCUUUGGGCCGGGCUAGCCAUACGACUGUUUCAGGCCAUGCAGAUAAACUUUGGGAGAUUACAGCUUGCACUCUACCGUGUGUGUCAACAUGAUGAAGAGGACGAAUACAAGAAGAAGAUUGUGGAGAAUGGUACGAACAACUGGAGGUCCAAGAAGAUCUGCUGCUGCCCUUUGUGGUGUUUGGUUCUGGUCAUUCUUGUGGUACCAGUCAUCAUCCUGAUAUUCCUUUUGACAUUUGGCCUUCCCAAACCAGAUGAGCCAGAUGAGGAGGCGAAUAAAGCAAAAGGUUCGGUGAAUAUGCUAGAGGGCCUGAUCAUUGCUUCGUUGGGAGUCCCAGCAGCAACUGCAGUCAAAUUCACCUUUCAAAUGGUUAAGAACCUCAUUGUCAACCAGGAAAAGAACACUAACAAGGGUAUGGACACCAAGCGGGUGAGCAGCCAACUUGGUUUCAUGAAUGAGGUGAGAAAGGAAAUAUGGUUCCUGUGUCGCUUCAUCCAGUUUGUGGAGUUGUGUGAGGGGAGAAGGAUUCGAGUGGUGCUGAAGAUCACCAAUCUGGACCGCUGCGCGCCAAAGAAAAUUGUGGCAGUUCUGGAAGCCAUCAACAUUCUUCUUUCAGACGAGGAGAGUCCGUUUAUUUCUAUUCUGGCAGUGGACCCAGAUAUUCUUGUGCAGAAAGUGAACUUUGCAGACGACUGCUUCAGCGAAGAGGACAGAGCUCAUGCAUUGUUGAACCGCAUAGUUACUCUGGCCUUCACUAUCCCACCACUGUGCGAUGAGUCAAAGCACAGUUUAUAUUACAGCCUCACUGGUAAUUCAAAAAUCCCUGAGGACAUGAGCGCGGAGAAAGAUAAUCAUAGAACAGGGGAGCCCAGAAACAAAUCUUGCUCAGAUGUAACAGAAGUACUUAUUCCACUGGAGCAGUCGAAGUCACUAACCGAUAGAACUACAGCAGAAUUGGAUGUAAAUGAAGAGGAAGUAGAGACACUGGUGAUGAGCAUCCUGACCAGCAAUAAAGGAAAUUUAGACCAGUACAUGUCAGAUGAUGCCAUGUCCAUGAGGAGGGUGAUCAACUCCAUUCGCGUGACCGUGAUCAUCAUGAUAGCCUUGAAAAAACAGCUUCCUGAACCAGAGGACGUGGCAGCAUGGGUGGUCUUAGCCAAUCAGUGGCCCUGCCGACUCAGCUGGAUCAUCCAGUGCGCGGAAGAUGCUGAGCAGAGAGCAGCUAUUGAUGGUAAGAGCGUGGACGCCACAAAAACCCUGUGGGAAGUCUUCAGAGAGUCCAAGGCAGAGCUCUACGUGAUGAGUGCACAGAUCGAGGAGCUCCUCGAGCAGGACGGAGAUCCUGAGAUGUUUGAAAGGUUUCUCACGGUAGAUUUCCAGUUCACCGUAAAGGACCUGAAGACAUUUGAAGAGGUGACGGUGAACCUGGAUCACACCAUCAGGAAGGAGCUGGCUCAGAUGAGAGGGACGUCCAGGCUGAAGGAUUCUGGUUGGAUGAGGGACCUGGCUCCUCUACCAAUCACAACUAUUAUCAAUAUGGAUACAGAGGGUGUAUGCAAAGAGUUGGAGAGGAUGAAAUACCCUAGCAAGUAUAUUGAUAAAGUGGAGAGCAACGGGCUCAAUGGUAUGGCUCUGCUCUUUGGUAACAUUGACGACCUCAAAGACCUCCUAGACAUGACCUAUGGAGAAUGGGCGACCUUCAGACUGCACUUCCUGGGUUCAUUAUCACAUCUCCGAGCUCAGAACAAGAACCUGCUGCCUACCCCUCCUCAACCUCAAAACCAGCUCCUGAGAUUCAAAGCACAUAAGCAACAUCAUUACUCGUCCACUGCCAGUCUGGUUAGCAGCUAG